AUGGAUCCACUCCCGCGCAUUCUUGCCCCCAGCACUCCGACCAAUGCUUCGCGCUACCAUCACACCUCGCUCGCCUCGCGCACUCGAGAAGGCGUCGAGAUCAUGCGGCGUGCAGCUGCACAGCAAGCCUCCACCUCUUCUCGCCCUCCACCACCUCUCCCUAUAGCUGCUGCUCAUGUCCAAACAUCUCACCCUGCUGCCAGUGCGCAAUCCAGCCGUGCAUCAUUCGCGGACCGCAUGUCGGCAGCACCACGUCGACACUCGGCGCAUCAGAACGGCCAAGAGGGUGACGAUGCAGAUGAGCAGCAGGGCAACACUCUAACACCUGCGCGCGACGAGCGUUUGCGCGUAGUGGAGACGCUGAAGAGAGGUCCACGCGAUCUGGGCGCUGCUGCGAUGGAUGAUGCACAGUGGGACACAUUCGAGCCGAAUUCGCGCACGCGUCUCAAGUGAGUCGAUCAUUCCCGUGCUUCUGGAUCAUCUUGGCUCUUUAGGUGCAGCCGUUUUUGGAGUCAAGAGCCUGCUUCGACCAGCAAACGUCUGCGGAUGGCGUAUUCUGAACGUCGUGCACGAGCGUGAGAGCGCUAACCAUCCCAUCACCCUCACCUUUAGACAACGCCGCGUGUCGAAUGUGCAGGUGCACGGAUGGUUGGAAAGCCGUUAUCACUUGUCGCCCUCCACACUCUACUCCAUCGUCGACCCCAAACCCACAAAUCUACACGGUGACUACAAGGUGCCCGUCGUUGGCGAAUGGCUCACCAUGGCUGUCAUUGUGGAAAUGUCGCCCGUCAAGAUCUCCAAAGGCAAGCAGUGGAAGCCGAAACCGGGCACACAGAAGGGCGAAUCGUAUAUCCAUCCCGACAGCGAUGUGUCAAGCCACGACGAGGCGGAUCAGCACCUAGACGACGAGGAGCGCAAGCGCAGGAGCAAUGAGCGGCGCAAGGCGCGCUUCGAAGAGUGGCAUGCGAAACAGAAGCUUAAAAAGGAGGACAAGCGUCGCGAGAAGCGUCAGGAGAAGCAGAAGCGCAAGAAAGACCUGCAAAGAGCUGGGCUGCCCCUCGACGAGCAGGAUGAAAAGACCGAUGAGGAUGCCGACAGCGAGGACGAUAACGCCAACUCCGGCGCUGGCCGCAAGUAUAUGAUCCUACGGCUUCAAGACCUCGGUGCCGAUGCCAGAGGAGGCGGAGACGAGAUGUUGACCAUGAUGGUCUUUCAAGCCGUCAAGGAGGAUCGCAUCCUGAAUCAGCGCAGCAAAUGGCGGGGAGGCAGUGGCGGAGCGUUCGAGCGAUUGGUGCACGAACGUCCAGGCGCGCUCCUCUGCAUCACAAAUCCCAGAAUUUCAAACUCAGCAGUGAGUCAGGCGACAGUGAACUCGCAAGCUUCCGCAUCAGGCGUUGACUCAUCGCCAUCACCCGUCAUCUGGCGAAUGUUUUAGGGUCUUCUUGUGCCCGCAAAGCCCGGUGGAAAGAGCACCGCUGCUUCAAAAGUUUUCAAGCUCAAAUUGGUGCAUGACAGUACAAUGACCAUCAUCGGUCAGGUCGCAGAUUUCAACAGGUGUCAAGCAAUGACCAGAGAAGGUGACUUGUGCUCCGCAUAUGUCGACGGUCGUUCUGGAAGCAAGGUCUGUCAGGUGCAUUUCGAAGCGUCGCUCAAGAACAGUGGGGGCAAGCGGCAUGACUUGGCGAACACGUGAGUCGAUUCACCUCCACAAAAGCAGAGUGAGGUGAUAGCGGCUGACUCGGGCUGCACCUCUCAUGGUGUUGUGUUGCAGAACGACUGAUUGGAGAUAUGCCGCAGCCAGCUCCGAUCUCAAAAUCAAUCCCAAUUUUGGCUCCAGCUCUUUUGUUCGCGAUCCAGCAGAGCGCCUCUUCCAGCCUUCCUCCUCAUCAUCAGGGCGCACUGCUGGCAAGCAUGUCCGCCGCGGGCCCGCUGUGAUUGGUGAAGGCGCUUUACUGGCUGCUUCGGAUCCGAACAGUCACUCUUUCGAUGCUGCUGCUUACUAUGGGAGAGGCAAAGCGGACAAACAAGCACGGCGAAAGAAGGCGUGGGAAGAAGCAGGUCUCAUCUUCCAGUUGGAAGCGCGUCUUGGUCACGGCAGCACUCAUCACAGACAGCUUUCUGCCCAGCAGCAGCUACGAGGCUCGCAGCCCUUGAUUGAAGCUUCGGAACACGACGAUACCGUACUCGGAGGCAGCGUUGCGGCAAGAGCCCUUCUUUCAGCGCAAUCCACUCUCGAACGCCAGCGAGAGUCGCCUGCAUCGAGAAGACGGGGUGUAAAGAGAAAUUCAGAAAGCGUUGACCGCGAUCAGACAACCAAACGUCUUCCUGCUAGACAAGAUCGAAUCCCAGGCCAGGAGUCCACGCAGCAAGACAAAGCCGAUCUGAUCCAAGCACGCUCGGCCUACGGACCGGAGAUGAUCAAGCGUCUUGGCUUCGAUCCUCUAGCCGGUCGACGAUCGCAGCAGAACACGAAGAGUGCACCAAACAGCACCACUGACAACCGAAUGCGGGUGAGUGGGGCGUGAGGUUGAUUGCCGAAGCAAUUUGCGCUCGCUUAGGGCCUCUUGCUGAGUGGAAGUAUCUCUGUCGUGCCCCCUUCGCUAGCUCCUAGCGCGGCACGAAUCAUCUCAUAAGACGCCGGAUGCUGCGACUUCACAAACUUCAAAAGUACCCGAGACGUUCUCGCGAGUUGAUUCGUGGCGUGACGCAACGGCGAGACUGCGCGGUUUGGGCACCACGUCCGAUGCGCAUGUACGACCCCCAGGUGCUUUAAACCACUCAGUCUAUCUGGAGGAUUCAAAAUCUGA